GGCAUGAAGACAUUACAUGAGCGAUGUAUUAUGUGCACGUUUUGGUCUGAACUCCUGAUUCUGAGUUUCUGAUGGAUGAGACAAGUUCAGAGUUUCAGAGGAAAGUCGCCUCCCUUCGUGUCCACUUGUCCAUGUAUAUCACUGUUCUCGUGUUGCGUACUGCCCUGGACUUCCUCUCUCCUCCCACGGUGUCGCCUUCUCCAGCGUCCCAAUUCUCCUGAGAGGAAACUUUAGCCGGACAAGCUAGCUAGGAUUUCUUUCUCUUCUCUUGUAGGGCGAGGCGGCAUGGUGAGCUGAAGCUGAGGAGAACGAUGGAUCAGGCGACGCGCGCAGCUCCGCCGGCGGCGGCGGCGGCGGCGGCAGAGGUGGAGAAGGUGUUCGUGGUGGUGCCGGCUGAGAAGGGGCGGUCGACGCUGUCGUGGGCUAUCGGCUAUUUCCGCGGCAGCGGAGCCAAGCUCGUCAUCACGCAUGUGCACGUGCCGCCGCAGACGAUCCCCGUGAUGGGAGUUCAGUUUCAUGUUAGUAACGUGAGCCCGGAGCAAGUGAGCUUGUUCCGAAGAAUUGAGCGUGAAAGGGUGGAUAAGCUUUUAGACGACUACGUCCAUCAAUGCUGGAAAAUGAAGGUCAAAUGUGAGAAACUUGUCAUCGAGAAGGAAGAUAUUGUUGCUGGUCUUCUUGAACUUAUUACCUUGCAUAGCAUCACGAAGUUAGUGAUUGCAGCUGCUGCAGACAAGCAUUUCUCAAGAAAGAUGGACAAACCCAAGUCCAAGACAGCAACAGAAAUUAUGGAGAGAGCUGACCCAUCAUGCCAGAUUUGGUUUGUCUGUAAGGAACAACUAAUUUGUACCAGGGACAAGAAAGUAGAAACAGCGCCAGCAGAUACAUCUCUCAGCCAACUUUUUAAAAUUGAUGCUCCUCCCAGCCCUGAUAUUGGUCAUAGCAUUCUGCAUCCGUCACCUCACCAGGAACAGAAUGACAGUAAGAUGGAAUUGGGGUUAUAUGAUGAGCUCAACGAUGCAUGCAUAGCAGCUGAGAACUUGAUGGAGAGAGCUUUAAGCGAAUCUUUGAGGCGCCAGAAAGCAGAUGAAGAAGUGGUUUCAUCUCUUCAGAGAGUCAAACAAUUCGAGGAGUUGUACUUGGAAGAGGUGAAAAGGAGGAAAGAAUUGGAAGGAGCUCUUUUCAGAGCAAACAGAGAACUUGCACGAUUAAAACAAGAAAUGGACAUACCUAGAGAUAUCCAAAGCACAAUCUUGGGGGAAAGGCAAGAAGUGAUUACCGAUAGAUUUAUGUCGAGACAACGCGCUGUCGCCAUGAAGAGUGACUUGGGAUCCAUAAGACAGGUAAUUAAGCCGCAACAGGAGUAUCUGCAGUUACAUCUUGAUCAUGACAACGGUGUCAGACAACCGGAAACGUUGCUCCAUCAAAGGAAUCUGUCUGCAUUUUCUACAUCAUCAGAUGCACAAUCACAGUUUGAUAAAGAGACUAUCCCUUCCCACUUCAUCUGCCCAAUUUCUCAGGAGGUCAUGAGGGAGCCUUGCAUUGCAGCAGACGGCUUCACCUAUGAAGCCGAGGCGAUCAUUAAUUGGUUUGACGAAGGGCACGAGGUAUCUCCCAUGACCGAGCAGCCCCUUGUGCGUCGUGAUCUGAUCCCAAACUUUGCUCUCCGUUCUGUAAUCCAAGAUUAUACAAGGAGAAAACAGUUUUCAUUUUCCUGAUACUAUUUGCUCCUCUUUUUUUCCUCUUUGAGGUACUCAUUUUUUGUGAAUAUUCUUAUGAGUUGCCCUUGCCGCACACUGACAAAUGGAUUCAUCUGAAAGCAACAACAUUUUGAAACAGUUGCCAUGUGUUGUUUGUUUGAGCCGUCGGCUAGUGCAGCAUCAGAGAUACUGUUGUGAUGAGGACCUUCGCCUCUUUUUUUUGAUUAUAUUCUCCCUCCGUCCAAAAUAUUAAA